AGUCUAAUUUUUAAUUUCCCCAAUUGUUACAAUGAGCGAUGAUGAUCGAGACAUAGAUGUGGAAAGUGAUGAAGGUGAUGACUCCGAUUCGCGUCAAGCAACAAGCAGACAAAAUGCAGGAGGUCAAUAUUAUUCACAGGCAGAAAAGAGAGCUCACCAUAAUGCUUUAGAGAGAAAACGUCGUGAUCAUAUAAAAGACAGUUUUAGUAGUUUAAGAGAUUCUGUACCUGCAUUGAACGGAGAAAAAGUGGCUAGCCGAGCUCAAAUUUUAAAAAAGGCAGCGGAAUAUAUUGUUUUUAUGAGAAAAAAGAAUAGUUCCCAUCAACAAGACAUUGAAGAUCUAAAGAGGCAAAACAAUUUGUUAGAGGCUCAAAUACGCACCUUAGAAAAGGCAAAAACAACGGGGGAUAUUAAAGAUGAUGUAUUUAUUGAAACAGAGUCAGAUACAUCAGAUUUUGAAGGUUCUAUUCAGCAAAGGAGGCCCAAGAAGAUGAAAGUUGUAUCUUACCAUUCAAUUAAUAAGGAAUGACAAAUAAACCAUCAAGAGUUGCAAUAAUUUCUGGAAAUGAAGUUGUCACAAAUAAGAUUGUCAAAGGAAAUAUCACUCUUUAGAAAUGUUGAGCCCAAUCAACAUAUUGGCUGUCAUCUAUUUAAGUGUUAUUUAAUUUUAAUAACUAGAUUUUUUAUACUUUACAAUGUUCGUCAGAACCUCUAACAUGGUUAUAUAUAUAAUUAUAUUGUUUUGGUAAAUGUGUUUCUAGUUUUAUCACAAACUAUUAUUAAGUCUUAGCUGAUAGUAAACAUUUUUUAAAUAAAAAAUGAGACUGGAUUUGUCAGUUGUAAAAAUGAAUGUGUAUAAUAAAUUUAUUUCUUAACA